AUGUGGUGUCAGCAGACCUUUAAAUACUAAGUCCACUGCAAGCAAAGUUUCAUGUGUCGAGAGAUGGACUGCAGUGAAUGCAUUUUGCUGAUCAUUUCUUUUUGCUGUGCUGGGGGCACAAGCUCUGAGUCAGAAAAAACAGUCUAUGGAAGCCUGGGGGGCCCAACGCUGUUGAGCAUAACACCCGAAUUUCAGAAUUUUACUGUGCAAUUUAGCAACGCUCUAUGGAAACUAGAUACGUCCGUUGGAACCAGCAGGAAACUUAUCAUCAGCUAUUCUGGAAACAAUCAUACCAAUCACAUGAAGGAGCAGAUCAAGUUUCAUCCUGAGAACUUCUCCUUGGAAAUACUGGACACCAAGAGAACGGAUGCAGGGCGCUAUGAAUACAUGGUGAACAAAGGCUCUGAGGAAGAGUUUUUGCGUCUCCGGUUGGAAGUGUAUGAGCGGGUGUCCGUCCCCGACAUCCAGAUGGUCAGCAAGACCUUGGGGAACGAGAGCUGCACUAUGAACCUGAACUGCAUGGUGAAGAGCGGGGAUAACGUGACCUACAGCUGGACCUGCAGCGAGGGCAACACCUCCCAGCUGCAACCCUACAAUGACAGCUUCCUGCACCUCUCCUUCACCCCGGGGGAGGGCAGCUUCUCUUGCACGUGCACCGCCAGGAACAGAGUCAGCCAGCAAGCCACCAGGUUCAGCUCCUCGGUGGAGUGCAGCAACAAGCCAGGCGGCUCGCUCAGGAAUGAACUCGUGGAAUCCAUCGUGCCAAUGGCCAUUGUGGGGGUCCUGGUCUUCGGUGCAGGGGUCACUUACUGGCUGAGACACAGAGGCCAAGAAGAUCAUUCUCAGCUGAAGGAGGAAAAGGAAAGUUGCACAAUUUACUCACAAGUCCAGAGAGUGGAGCAGCAGAAAGGCUCUCGCCCCCCUCCCGUGGUGAAGUGCUCUGAGUGCACCACAAUCUACGCCUCCGCCACCGGGCUACCUCCAGACCCGGCUCAGCCCCAAGAUCCAGGGCUGACGACCAUUUAUGUCAGCGUGAUGCCCGCCGGUGUAAGGUCAGCUUCAUCAGAGAGAAUUUCUCCCAAAACCCUCACAGUCACAGGUGGUCUGUAG